UGUAUCACCAAAACACCGGUGUAAAUGCAGCAAACACUGCCCCUUAGCGUUUGAGAAAAAACUCCCUGUUCUACUGGGCUUGCGCAGCUGUAAGUCGGACAAGAUGGCGACGAGCAAUGGUGGUGGAAUGGAAGUGGAUGGGGCAGCCAGCCCCAGUGUUAUGGUCUCUGGGGUCACCGGCAGUGUCUCUGUUGCCUUGCAUCCUCUCGUCAUCCUCAACAUCUCAGACCACUGGAUUCGCAUCCGCUCCCAGGAGGGGCGGCCCAUGCAGGUGAUCGGCGCGUUAAUCGGGAAGCAGGAGGGUAGAAACAUUGAGGUGAUGAACUCCUUUGAGCUGCUUCAUCAAUUGGUAGAUGACCGAGCACACAUUGACAAGGAGUAUUACUACACCAAGGAGGAGCAGUUCAAACAGGUCUUCAAGGACAUGGAAUUCCUGGGCUGGUAUACCACAGGUGGUCCUUGUGACCAAUCAGACAUCCACAUUCACAAGCAGGUGUGUGAGAUAAUUGAGAGUCCUCUCUUCCUCAAGCUCAACCCGAUGACCAAACACACAGAUCUCCCUGUCAGUGUGUAUGAGUCUGUCAUCGACAUCAUCAGUGGAGAGGCGACCAUGUUGUUUGCUGAGCUGGGGUACACUCUGGCCACAGAAGAGGCGGAGCGAAUUGGAGUGGAUCACGUGGCUCGCAUGACAGCCACAGGCACGGGGGAGAAUUCAACAGUGGCCGAACAUCUCAUAGCACAACACAGUGCAAUUAAGAUGCUCCACAGCAGGGUGAAAGUCAUCUUGGAAUAUGUCAAAGCAGUGGAAGCAGGAGAGGUGCCAUUUAACCACGAGAUCCUCAGAGAAGCCAAUGCCCUGUGCCAUAGACUGCCUGUUCUCAGCACCAUCAAAUUCAAGACUGACUUCUAUGAUCAAUGCAAUGACGUGGGCCUCAUGGCUUACCUAGGUACCAUCACUAAGACCUGCAACAGCAUGAACCAGUUCAUCAACAAGUUCAACGUCUUGUACGAUAGACAGGGCAUCGGCCGGAGGAUGAGAGGACUGUUCUUUUGAGUGACACAGAAAGAGUGAAUGGAGGAAGAGAUGGAGAGGUCACAAGCACUGCUUUUCCAUUUGUUUGUCUGUAUUUUAUGUUAAGUAACACUUGUGACACACACACACUCAGAUACCAGUGAAUGUUGUUCUCAUCAAACCAGUUUGUUUUCAAAGGUAGCAAAUGCUAGAAGUGUCUCAAAGGCCUCCUGUCUAUACCAUAAAAUCACACACACACAAACAGGAAGAAGGAAACCGUGUACAAAAUCACUCACAUUUUCACUCGCACUUUGACAUUUGUGAGUAUGCACAUUAAUGAAUUCAUGUACGUGAACAGAAAAUACAAUUUCCCCUUUUUCUUUGUUUUGUUGUUCCAUGUUUCUGUAAGUAAUAAAUAAUCUGCUGAUUUUU